GCGCGCAUGUGCACAGCACUGUUGCUCUACACGUGUUGGUGAACGUUUGGACUGACUGCAUUCCGCGGAGCGUACAGUCUGUUACUCUGUUAAAUAUUAGGUUAAGCAUCGCGUCCUUUGCAUUUUGUUCUCUCGGAGCCAGGAGAUAAACAAGAAGUCCUCCGUGAAGCAUUUCGCCGAGAGGGCCGAAAUACUAGGAAAUAAUCCGCCAUGACCGAACCUCAAGUGAACCCAAAGGCCUACCCGCUGGCCGACGCUACUCUGACCAAAACCAUUCUGGAACUAGUGCAGCAAGCCUCCAACUACAAACAGCUGAGGAAGGGGGCCAAUGAAGCCACUAAAACCUUGAACAGAGGCAUUGCCGAGUUCAUUGUCAUGGCUGCUGACGCUGAGCCUCUGGAGAUCAUCCUCCACCUGCCACUGCUCUGCGAGGACAAGAACGUCCCGUACGUGUUUGUCCGCUCCAAGCAGGCGCUGGGCCGGGCCUGUGGUGUGUCCCGUCCCGUCAUUGCUACCUCGGUCACCAUAAAGGAGGGCUCUCAGCUAAAGCCUCAAAUUCAGUCAGUUCAGAUGGCUAUUGAAAGACUGCUGGUGUGACUUUUGAACCCCAAUGGUAAAGAUUCCAGAAGGUGGAUGGAUCCCUUGUUUGAAUGUUCUGUUGGAUUUGUAAGAUUUUGUUUUACAAACUUUGUUUUUUAAAGGGUAUUGCUUGUUUUAUUUUGCAGGACCAUCACCUGUAUCUUAAUAAACUAUUUUUGUUUUUUA